AUGCCUUCUUCUAUUCAGCCUGUGAUACAAAGAACUGUACAAUUGGCUGGUAAAAGGCUAUCUUCUCCUGAGGCAAAAGGUAGUUUUGACCAAGGCCCAUUGACAUCUGUGGAUUCCUGCUCAAGACAAUCUCCUUUAUCUGGCUCUUCCUCUGUGCCGUCAAUUCCGCUUCCAGAUUUUAGCAAUGCUAAACAAAAGCCUGCUGGAUUAGAUUCAUUGAAUUUGGAAGAAAAGGUUUUUAUCAUUUUUGCUAACAAAAUAGCAUAUUUGGCUGAGUCUUUGAUCGGAUUUUCCUCUGUUGCAGGUGCCAACCCUAUGUUUAGGCAGAGGGCCACUCUUCAAACACAAGGAAAGAUGGCACCAGCCCAUCCACAGGGCCAGUAUCUUACGAAACCAUUUAUUCAAACACCUCCGCUGCCUUCAACUUCACCGAUAGUUUCAUCCUCUCAGCAGGGAACAUCUUGUAAUAUCCAACAGCAUACAUAUGCUGGUAUGCCGGAAAAACAGAAUAAUCAGGUGCGCCAUCAUCCCCAACCUUCACAUCCUUUUCAAGCCCAUCCAUCUGGAUACCCAAUGCAUCCUACUCAAGGGCAAUUAAAUUCUUUAAAUUUCCAACAACAGCAGCAGCAACAGAAGCAACAGAAGCAACAGCGUCAACAGCAGCAGCAGCAAAUGCUACACAUCCAGCACCAGCAGCAUCAAGCCAUGUUAUAUCAACAGCAACAACGAUGGUUUCAACAACACCAGCAAAAUCAACAGUCUCAGUAUUUCUCUCAGCACUUUGCGACCAAUUUACAGUCUUCUCCUUCAAACGAUAUGCAGCAAAUUCGUAAAAUUUCAAUGAAUCAAGUUCCUCAAAAUGGGCUACCUAUCCCUUCUCAGGCUCAACCCCCAUUUCAUGUACCAUUUUUGCAACCUCAACAGCAAUCACAUCUCCAUCCGCAUUACCAACCUCAGAAUUCUUCCAGGAUUGCUCACCCUUUUGCUCACUUGAGCAGCGGCCAACUCCAAACUUUUCCCUCUCGGCAAAAUGGAAAUGGCAACGUAAGAGCCAAUAAUUUGGGAAAUUGUUCAACCCAAUCGGCCAUCACUAGUAAAGACACUAGCAGUGCUGACCAACAACCUAACAGAAUAGCAGGUUCUGCGGAGGAUAUGAUUUUUAUUGACAAUACUCAGAAUAUAUUAACUCCCCAUCCAACGGGUACUUCCGAAAGUUCUUCCCUUAUCGAUAUAUUUCCGCAUUCGUCCUCGGUAUCUCUUUCUGGCACUUGUCAAGGAGGCGAAGAAGCCCAAUUUCAGUCGUCAAGUGUACAGGAACCUUCUUGUUCAAGUACAGCUCCGGGAAUUUCAUUCCAAACUCCAAAUAUCUCUAACGGCAACAGCAUCAAUGAUCAUCACCAACACCAACACCAUCACUUGAACUUCAUGACAUCGAUUGUUGAUGACGAGGCCAUAGGUAAAAUAGAAGAGUCACUGCUUGGAGAUCUAGACAAUCUUUUUUGUUCUUCUGCAAGUGCAGCUAAUACCAUUACAGAAAGCUCCUCUACUUAUUCAUGA